AUAUAUAACGCGGCGAUUUGCUGAACAGUUAGUCGCAGAAAUUUUAAUGAAGCAGUUUAAAUUUUGGUGAAAAGUGAACGUUUUCAACCAAAGUGAUUUUUGGGAAAUAUGUGCGGAUAAAAACAAGAGAAAAUAGAUAAAACAUAAUUUAGGUCAAAUUUUAUCAUUUUAAUCUUCGAAAUCAUCUACUACAGCUGCAAAAUGUCGGAAGGUCCAGCAGACUUCGAAACCGCCAUUAAAGCUUGCAGAUUUGGCCGUUUUAAUAUUAUCUUGUUGGUUGUGGCCUUGCCUGCCGUUAUUGCACCUACACUCGAGACGGCGGUGGUUUCAUACAUCCUGCCCAGUGCUGAGUGUGACCUACAUUUGGAUUUAUUAGAUAAGGGGAUUUUAAAUGCCGUUACAUAUUGUGGUAUGAUCUUGUCCGCCAUUGGCUGGGGUUAUUUGGCCGACAAUAGAGGUCGUCGGAACUUGCUAAUAAUCGGCUAUUUACUGGAUGUUAUUUGCGUUGCAUGCUGUGCAAUGAGUCAGAGUCGGGUCCAAUUGAUGAUUGCAAAGUUUUUCGGUGGAUUUAUAAUGAGUGGUCCAUUUGCAAUACUAGUAGCUUAUUUGUCGGAAUUCCAUGACAGCAAUUUUCGUUCGCGUAUUAUGAUGAUGAUUGGCGUCAUGUUUACAUUCGCUGCCAUUAUCCUGCCGGUGUUGGCCAUUCUGAUCUUACCACAAAAUUGGAAUUUCAAUCUAUUGAAUAUGAACUUUGUUGCAUGGAAAAUAUAUUUGGCUAUUUGUGGAAUACCAAGCCUCUUGUGUGGCACAUGCUUUUGUUUUCUGCCCGAGAGUCCACGUUUUCUCAUAUCCCAAGGUAGAAAUGCUGAGGCCUUGGAGGUGUUGAAGAAAAUAUAUGCCAUUAAUACAGGAAACCCUCGAGAUACAUAUCCUAUUAAAGAGUUGAUACAAGAAAUCAAACAAAAGGAGGUUGCUGAGAAGAAACUAAGCAUUGCAACCAUUGAAACAAAUAGAAAGAAUGACGAGGGAAAGUUGGAGAAUAAUGGAGAUGAAGUGAAAGAUGGGACUCUACUGGAUAAGCAGCCAAACAUAUUUAAAGCCUUGUGUUCGAAACAAUAUUUGGGUCUAUGUUUUCAAGUUUGUUUCAUAGAAUUCCUCAUAAUGUUGGGACAAAACACCUUGCGUCUAUGGUUACCCCAAUUAUUUGCUUCCCUCCACGAAUAUGAACAAAUUUCCAAUGAAAGUACCAGCAUGUGCACUGUCUUAGAGUAUAGUGUCAAUAGAACGGAACUGCUCAAAAAUACUCCUAGGGAUGAGUGUGUUGUGGUUAUUACACCCUCAUCGUAUACAAAUAACAUAAUUGUGGCCUGUGUUGGCAUUGUAACAUAUUUAUUAGCUGGGACACUUAUCAAUGCCCUGGGCAAUAAGAGGAUACAAGUUAUUGGCCUAAUAAUUGCGGGCACCAGUGGCAUAGCUCUCUACUGGUCAACAUCGUCGCUAACAACAAUAAUUCUAACAUCUCUGUAUUCAGCAUUGGCCAGUAUGGCUUCAACAUCGUGUAUUGGGUCAUCUGUGAUUCUAUUUCCGACUUCUUUAAGAACAAUGAUUGUAUCUCUGACGAUGAUGAUUGGCCGAGUCGGUUCCAUAUUGGGUAAUGUCAUGUUGCCGAUUUUUAUGUCUAUCGGUUGUGUACCCCCUCUUGUCAUGUUUACCAUGGUCAUGUAUCUUGGCUGUAUCCUGGCCGCAUUGUUGCCAAGUUCAAAUAAAGUGGAACUUAAGUAAAUGUGUAUUUUCCAUCGUCUCAAUAAUUAAGUCUUCUUAAAAAAUCAAUGUGUAAAUAUUUUAGACAUUAAAAC